AUGGCAUGUUCUCUUAAACGUCUUAUCAUUGCACAAAUGCUGGAGAAAAAGAAGGCUGACCCCAAAUACAACGUUCAAUUCGUGCUUGUAGACAAACGAACGCUUCGUCUUAGAAUAGACAAACAAUAUUUCACAUUAGAAGAAGCUUCAGCUAAGUACUCAAUUCCUGUAGAAGCAAUAACUGAGGAGAAGAACAAACGAAACACGGACUUGAACAAAGACAGGAACAAAAAGCGACAAGCUAGUAAUUCAAUGGAAGGACCUUCGUCCAAAAUAUCAAAGCAUUGA